AUGUUGUACUGUUUGACUCAGCCCAAUAUGAGAAGCCCAAUUAUGAUAGCAUACCCAAAGCUACAUCUGAAAGAUUAUCAACCUCGUUCACUUACUGAUCGGAGAGGAGGAAUUCCGUUUGCACAACAAUCUGUUGAAUUGAAACAAACUGUAAGAUUCAGAAUGAAGUUUCUAGAUUGGUACCUGAAAAUUUCAUUUGGGGCUGCGCUUGUUGGAGCUUCAAUGGAGUUGUUCAUGAUCAAGACUGGUUUCUAUGACAAGGUAACCGUUUUGGAGUCGGAGAAGCGGGCAUGGGAGACUUCUCCGGAGGCUCAAGCUCUCAGGGAAGCAUUGAAUCCUUGGAGAAACCAUGAUACAGAAGCAGAGAAGAAAUCAUAGUUUUUUCCCCAAGUUGAAUACUUCUGAUGCCAAUUCUUGCAUUGAAAUGGCUUAUGUUUCCAAUCCCAUCCUAUCUCUUGUUGACUAGUUUUAUGUAGUCAAAUUGUAUUUUAUUGCAAUUUUCACUAUAAAUGUAAUCAUAAAAAUUCAUUGUAGUAGUGACAUCAAUUAUUGAAUAAAGAUCAGAGUACAUUAAUCA